AACCGGACUGACCGAUUGACACCCCUAGGUGAAGGUAGGACAGGGAAAGAGAUUUCUCCUAAUUUAUUGCCAACUUUCUCUGGUAAACAAAUGGUAAGAAAGAAGACAGUGAGCUAUGGUGUGGCCCACGUACGAUUGGAUUUCAACCGUAGAAUUAGAAUCAGAUUCAGUUGUAUAGUAGAAUAUGCAUUUCAAGAUUCCAAUCGAAACCGUCCCAUCAGGAUCUUGCUUUGCGGAUUCCAAAUAGGGAGGUUGGAGUAUAUAACAUUACCUGUCUUGUCAACAGAAUCAAAAUUGUAGUUUCCCUCUGCGGCUCUGCCGCGGGUGCCGACAUAGAAAAGAUAAAUAUCGAAGCUUUAUUCAAAGGAAGGUGCGUGUGCAGUGCGUGUGCGAGACGGGUUCUCUCUCAGUCCUCAUUUUUUUUUUAAAUAUUAUAUUAGGGUGGAAAAGAAUUAAGAGAUACACAUAACAUUACAAUCUCAACGAUGAGCUAAAUAAUGACAGACCAAUCAAAUAUUCACACAUGGCAGAGACCCUCAUACAACAUUUUAAAAGCCGACCUCAUAGCUUGACCCUAAGAUGGCUGACCUCCCAGGUUGCCCCUAUGGGAUAAAAAUCCUCUGUUGUUCUAAUCGUCUGUUUUUCCAUGUUUUGCUAGGUGCAGAAUGCGACACGUGGAUGGUGCAUCACCAACAGUCAAGAUGAUAUAUGUUGGUUGAGGCUACCAAAACCGGGUUUUCUCCUUGUGAACCAGACCGAGAAGUUGCACUCAGUCUCUUGUAAAAGUCUUUUCUUCUCCAUUUUCUCUUCUACUAUCGUCCUGAAAAGUUUUUGAAUGAUCUGGAUUGAACAACAGCGGAGAAGAAGAAAGAGCUAACAAACCAUGAGCACCGGCGUUGUCGUUGAGGAAAGCUUCUGCUUCAAAGAGGAGACCCAGCUAACAGUACUCAAGACGUCUCACUUCUUCCCCGGCGACGGUUUCACCGUUUACGACACCAAAGGAAAGGUCAUUUUCCGGGUAGACUCUUACGGCCCCGAUUCUCGACUCAAAGACAAACUCGUUCUCAUGGACGUCUCUGGCAAAUGUCUCCUCACCGUUCGUAGAAAGAGACCGAGCCUUCACCAACGAUGGGAUGGAUUCUUGGGAGAGAGAUGUGAUGGACAGAAGCCCAUCUUCAGUGUAAGGAGAUCAUCAAUCAUCGGACGAUCAAGCAUGACGGUGGAAGUGUAUGGGAACCCCAAUGAGGAGUAUCUGAUCGAGGGUUCGUUCCUGCAACGAUGUUGUACGUUCUACAACACCGGUUCUACAAACGAGUCGAAGGAAUCGGUGGCGAAGAUCCGAAGGAAAGUGGACUCAUCAACGAACGUAGUACUUGGGAAGGACGUUUUCUCUCACUUGUGAGCAAGAGAGAUGCAGCGAGAGG